CAUACAACAUCCGCAUCAACAACCUCGUCGUUGCAAACCUGUACAACUACACAGACAUAGGUCACUGAAGAUGGCGGCAGAACAGAGAAAGCUGCUUGAGCAGCUCAUGGGAGCCAGCGCCUCCUCCCGCGCCGCCCAACUCUCCAUCACAGACCCCAAAGUAUGCCGCUCUUUUCUGGCCGGCACCUGCCCGCACGACCUCUUCACAAAUACCAAGCAAGACCUCGGUCCCUGUCCCAAAGUCCACUCCGAGCCCCUCAAGACAGAGUACGAAGCGGCGCCAGAAUCGCAGCGCCAGAAAUGGGGCUUCGAGUACGACUACAUGCGCGACCUGCAGAAGUACAUUGAUGAAUGCAACCGCCGGAUUGACGUGGCGCAGCGUCGACUCGAGAAGACACCUGAUGAGAUCAGGCAGACGAAUGCGCUGCUGAAGAAUAUAUCUGAUUUGAGCAAGAGCAUUGAGAGUGGAUUGAUGGAGAUCCAAGUUCUAGGGGAGCAAUCCGAGGUUUCGAGAGCAUACGAGGAGUUCUAUCGCAUCCGGUCUGCGAUGCAGCAGAAGGGGGAUAAGGAGAGGGAACUGAAAGCAUUGAGCGAUACGAGCGGGCCGUCUGGACAUCAGAAGUUGCAGGUGUGCGAUGUGUGUGGUGCGUACCUGUCGAGGCUGGAUAACGAUAGGCGGUUGGCGGAUCACUUUUAUGGGAAGAUGCACUUGGGGUAUGCGCAGAUGCGGAAGACGUUUGAUGCGUUUCCGAAGGAGCUGAGGACGAGGAGGCCGAUGCCGGUUGUGGAUGAAGGGGGGGAUCAUAGUCCGGCUGGGAGGGGCUUCGAUGGUGGGUAUGGGGAUGGGGGAUAUGGUGGAGGAAGGGGAGGGUAUGGGGGGAGAGGGGGUGGAGGAAGAGGCGGUGGUGGGUUUAGAGGUGGGAGGGGGAGAGGAGGAUUCAGAGGGAAUUGGUAA